UCGAGGGCGGGAGGCGGAGCCUCGCGGAGCGGAGCAGGACGGCCGCCAUCUUGCGCGAAGCAGGAGUCCGAGCCCGAGACUGUGGCCGAGGCUGCGUACCAGUCCGCGGCCCAGUGCAGCCACGGCCCAGCCGGAGCCCUCUCUCGCCGCCUCUUCGUAUCCGGCCCUGUCUCAGGUCCCAUCCCGGUCCGGUCCCCCGACCCUCAGCCAGGCCCAGUCUGGCCUCCCCGCGGGGUCACGCGGCCGCCCCGGGGACGAUGAACGGAGGAUAAAUGGUGCCCAAGGCAGACAGCGGUGCCUUCCUGCUGCUCUUCCUGCUCGUUCUCACAGUCACCGAGCCGCUGCGACCAGAGCUGUGGUGCAACCCUGGGCAGUUUGCCUGUCGCAGCGGCACCAUCCAGUGCAUCCCCCUCCCCUGGCAGUGUGACGGCUGGGUGACUUGUGAGGAUGAGAGCGACGAAGCCGACUGUCCAGAAGUGACCGGGGAUUCACGUCCUUACCAUGGGAAGGAGGCUGUGGAUUCGAGGCAGGGGCGGGCCCGAGGUGGCGACCCCACGCAUUUCCACGCGGUGAAUGUGGCGCAACCUGUUCGCUUCAGCAGUUUCCUAGGGAAGUGCCCGACAGGGUGGCACCACUAUGAAGGCACCGCCAGUUGCUACAGGGUCUACCUGAGUGGGGAGAACUACUGGGACGCUGUGCAGACCUGCCAGCGCGUCAAUGGCUCCCUUGCCACCUUCUCCACUGACCAGGAGCUGCGUUUUGUCCUGGCUCAGGAAUGGGACCAGCCGGAGCGGAGUUUUGCUUGGCAGGACCAGCACAAGUUGUGGGUUGGCUACCAGUAUGUCGUCACCGGCCAGAACCGCUCCUUAGAGGGUCACUGGGAGGUGGCAGCAUUCAAAGGUUCCUCAAAGGUGUUCCUGCCCCCAGACCCCAAACUCACCUCGGCCAUGUCUGAAAGCGACAGCAUCCUCUGUGCCCAGCUCCACUGCUUCCACUUCCCCACCCUCCGCCACCACGACUUGCACAGCUGGCACGCCGAGAACUGCUACGAGAAGUCUUCGUUUCUUUGUAAAAGAAGUCAAACGUGUGUCGACAUCAAGGACAACGUGGUGGACGAAGGGCUCUACUUCACCCCCAAGGGCGAUGACCCAUGUCUGAGCUGCACCUGCCAUCGCGGGGAGCCGGAGAUGUGCGUGGCCGCCCUCUGCGAACGGCCGCAGGGCUGCCAGCAGUACCGCAAGGACCCCAAGGAGUGCUGCAAGUUCAUGUGCCUGGACCCAGAUGGGAAUAGCCUGUUCGACUCUAUGGCCAGCGGGAUGCGCCUCAUUGUGAGCUGCAUCUCCUCCUUCCUCAUCCUGUCCCUGCUGCUUUUCAUGGUCCACCGGCUACGCCAGAGGCGCCGGGAGCGCAUCGAGUCCCUGAUUGGAGCAAACCUGCACCAUUUCAACCUUGGCCGGAGGAUCCCUGGCUUUGAUUACGGCCCAGACGGGUUCGGCACAGGCCUCACGCCGCUACACCUUUCUGAUGACGGAGAAGGCGGGACUUUCCACUUCCACGACCCUCCACCCCCCUACACUGCGUACAAGUACCCAGAUAUUGACCAGCCCGAUGACCCACCACCACCCUAUGAGGCCUCCAUCAACCCCGACAGCGUGUUCUACGACCCUACAGACGACGAUGCCUUUGAGCCAGCAGAGGCCAGCCCGCCGACCCCAGGGGAUGGUGGCAGCGAAGGCACAUCACCCCAGCACCUGGAGCAGCCUCUGCCCACCACAGGGGUCUCCCUGGCAGACCUGGAAGGCUCAGCUGACAGCAGCAGCACCCUGCUCAUGCCUCCUGGCCCUGCCCAGAGCGGGACCCCCCAAGCCACAGAGGCACUGCCGGGGGGUGGCCACAGCCACAGUUCCCUCAACACCAUGGUGUAGGGGUGCCCAGCCCACAGCCCCCAAGGGGCACGGAGCACCUGUUUGCCAUCAGGAAAACUGGUUCCGAGGGGGGCUUGCAGGGCCCUGCGUGAGCCUGGACGCGACAGCACUGCUGCCCCCUGGGGUGUGCACGUGUGCUUAGAGACUGCGCCUGCCUCCUGAGGGAGUAGGCGCCUACACCGCAUCUCCUUGAGGGCUUCAGAACAUGCGUAGCUUUGGGCCACUGUCUUUUUCUUUUUAAAUGGCAGAAGGGUGACAAAGUUUGUUCAUACCACACGUUUCAGAAGUAGGGAACAAAGAGGCACCGUAGGCCUGGGCAGGGGCCAGACCACCCCAGGCUUUAGCGGGCUUGCUCACCACAGCAUGUCGUCCAGAGGAGCCCGCCACCCAGCCAGCGAGCCCCACAGCUGCCGCCAUGGUGUGCCUCGCUGGCCACUGCUCAGGAUGGCACUUGGGGGCACCAUUGCGUGGGGGCUGUCAGGGGUCGUCUGGGCAGUGGGUCUGCUGCUGGACAGGUGGCCCUGGAGGUGCUACAGUGGCUGCACUGGGGGGUGGUCCCCCCACAGGUCCAGCUUGAUAUUGAGGGUGACCCUGCCCGGGCUAGAGGCUGGCCUGGGACUCUGGUCCCAAGACCCUAAGAAGGAGAGCUUGGAAGGAAGCCAAAAUCUCCACUCUGUCUUUCCAGCUGGGCUCUGCAAAGCCCAGUCCUGUGCCGGAAAGCCUCACCCCUAGUCUUUCGGGUUUCUCCCCAACAUUGCUGUGCAUGGCCCCCCAGGAGGUGGCUGUGGAUCCAGGCCGAGGCCGUUAGCCUUGCAUGAGGGGCUUGGGGCUAAGCUGGCUCCUCUUUUUUUACCCUCUGGAGCCCCCCUCCUAUUAAAUUUGCCCCUGGGCCUGGCCUGCCUCCACCCCACUUUUUUGUGCCAUAAAGGGUUGUUUCUUUGGCAGGGGUGGCUGAUAUUAAAGUCCUGGCCUGCGUCCACCUCCUGAAAGUCCACUUCUUGCAUGCCACCGCCACUGCUGGAGCCCAGUGCCCGGUGGCUGCAUGCCACCUUCCUGUCCUCAGCAGCACAGGGUGCUGGGUGCCCUGCCCAGGGGCCUUUUGAUUGAGGGACCCUGUUGCCUACUCCUGGGCAGUGGUCUUGUCUCCACUUGACACCAGGCUUUUAGCAUUUCUGAGGUUUGGAGAUUAAGCGGGUUCUGUGCGAUUUUUCAGCACAUCCAUAUCUUUUCUAUGUUGAAUGUCAAGGUGUGUGUGUGUGUGUGUGUGUGUGUGUGUGUCUGCAGCUGGUGAUGGUACAUGGGAACUAGGUCCUCAGUUUCCCAGGCCAGCCGUGGCCACAUGGGCGGCACUGGGGCUGGGCCUGGGCCUCGGCCUCUUCUGAGAGCACGGAGCCCUGCUCCUGGGCCCCCUUGCAGCCUUUCUGGACCAGCACACAGCGAGGGAGAGUUGACUUGCAGUGGGUGCUCCGAGGUGCACCUCAGAGGCACAGUUCAGCCCUGGGCACGUGCUCACACUCCAUUUGGAAGGCCCAUUUUGUCCUUUCACUAUGGAGUGGGGUUUCAGAGUUGCCCGACAGGCCAGCCAGAGGUGUGAGUUUCACCACUGAACUCCCUGUCCUUGGGUGCGGCCCAUAGGAGGCAGAUGGCAUCCUGGGCACAUGUGCCCCACGCCAGCUGCCAGAAACAAAGCAGGAAGUACAUGGUACUGUCAGCAUGUGCUGGGUGCAGGGCAGCUGCGUUCCAGAGCAGCAGUCGCAGGCCUUGGUGCUGGGUGAGGGUCCUGAGCAGGCCUCCUUUGAAACAACCACCCUAAUGGAGCCCCAUAGGGUCUGGCCCCCAAGCACGGGGUCCUUCUGGCCCAGGCCUCAACUGUGUGUACAAGGCAAGGUGGUUGGUACCAGAUGUGUGGAACUGGGGGACUUCCUUUGUGGACUGAAGGACUGCUGGGGACAGGCAUCGGGAGGGUACUAAGGAGAAGGCCUGAAGCAGACCAUGGGGGCUGCAGAGGGUGGGCCUGCCUCUGGACUGGCCAGGGCUCUGUCCAAGGGUGUCCAGCCCACUAGCAUCCUUGGGCUGUGCAGAAGGCUACCUGCUGCCCAGUGGCCUCAGGAGCGGAGCUCUGCUGGAAGGCAGUUGUGAGGGCAUCCAGGGGAAACCUGUGGUCCACCCAGCUGACGUUGGCCUCCUGUCUAGUCGCCACCCUUGGUAAGAUCUGGUUGUGUUCCAUGGUCCAACUCUGGCUGACACUCGUGUCCCUGUGAGAGGCGGUUUUUCCGCCCCAUGUGCACUGGGCCUCCAGAGGGACAGGGCAACGUCUUGGGAGGGGCCUUCUCCCCUGGGACCUGACCCUGACCUGCCUGGUGGAAGUGAGGGUCAAAUCUGUACAUUGUCUCAAUGCCUGUUUUUUGUUUUCCUUUCUCUAAGGGUUUUUAGUUUGGGUUUCUUUUUGGUUGGGUUGGCACUAAUUCUUAAGAUGCUGUGAGAACCAUUUCAUCCAAAUGCCAAAUAAAUUUGUGUUCUGGAAAA